UCCAGAACCAGCUUGGUUUUUGUCUUUAUAAGUCCAAGGAUUACUCUGGGCCAGUUUUUCGCAUUAUUAGUCGUUACAAAUGCUUUGGUUUUGCCGCACUGUCGAUUUGACUCCAGAUUUGGUUUGUCUCAUUUACUAAGUCAUCUGAUAUCACGUUUCCCUUGACACCGUUGUGUCUCAAGGGAAGCCUCAAUCUAUUCCUGCUUAGGCCUCUAAUGGUCCGCAGCCACUCCUCAGGUGGGCUGCUGCCCAUCAAAGCCCUAGCCUGUCUUUGCCCAUUGGCAUUGGUCCAUUUGUCGCUCAGUUGCGAGUUGAACCAGUCUUCAAUUACUAUACUAACCUCGCAGGUUGGAACAGCGACUGCGCACCUUCUUGCUCGAAUGCCGUCCACGCCCCUACCCGCUAACCUGUCCGCCUUUUGGCUACCCACCACGCCGGAGUGUCCCGAUACCUACACCAUUCUCACCGCAUUAUGUUCCGCCAGUGAUUCCAGCGCCUGCUUGCACCUUAUUACCUAGACAUCGUGCAUGGUGGUGGUAGGACCAUCGAAAAAGCCAAGAUCUGUGCGGCAGAUCCCCUUAUUUACUGUAAAAGUGGCGACAUCUAGGCCAAAGAAUGUAGUACUACAUAGAUAGUCUCUUAAGAACAAGGAACGAAGUAUAACUGUACUUCUAUAGGAAGUUUAUGUUCGUUGGUGCCUACUUUAUAUAUAUAUAUAUAUAUAUAUAUAUAUGCUCAGCAAUAUGGCUGCCCUCUAAUCUAAUAUAGCGCUACACUACAACUCAUAUCCCUUUUAUAAUAUAUAUAAUAUAUAAAGGAGGAGGAUAGGAGGAUUGAAAUCUAUUAUAAUUUCUACGUAUAACAACGUACAACUACAGUACUGAAUCGUCUGAAUUGUUACGAUGUUAUUCAUCUUUUGUACUUUAUUUUCUAUGGUUGUAGAAGUGUAAUUCGACAAGUUUUUAAUGAUUAAAUGUUUGUCUAAAAAAACAACAUCAAGUUUUUGAUCGACAAUUUAAUAAAAAAAAAAAAUAAUAAAAAAAUUGUGAACAUCAUUUGAGUGUAAUGCUAACAUAUUCUGCAAUGAAACAUUUGAAUUUAGUUACUCACAUAUUAUAAAAGAUUCUGUUUCAUUUGAUAUAUUUAACAGGCAUCACACAUCACAACAAUCAGUAUAUGCAACUUCGCUGUGAUGAUGAUAAUUUGUUAAUAAAUUUUAUUAGUCAUAUAAUGCAACACCAACAUAGCAGGAGUGUUGAUAAGUCGAUUAAGCCAAUUUAGGUUGUCAAAGCUAAUACAGGAUAAUACACAGUUUUAAUGAACAUCUAAAGAUUGUAAACAAGUUGUUGAUUGAGUUAAAUAAGCUCGUUCAAAAAGAUUUUAGAAGUUUUGAAAACUGAAAUUUAUUCACUAGUGAUGUUAAUCCUUUUAUCGAUCAUGCGGUAUUUUGUAGCUUAACUUAAACUGUGUUUAGUGCUAAAGUUAUUGCACUUUUGAAUCUUAUGCGUUCCGAAAAUUCAUGUCAAUCACAAAAAGAAAACAGAUCGUUGAUUGAAGCUUGUUCCGAUGGUGAUGCUAGAACAGUUCAAAGACUUUUAACGGAAGGUCAAAGUGUCCAUGAGACUACUGCGGAAGGCAAAAGUCUGCUUUCUUUGGCGAGUUCUGCUGGAUAUUCUGAUCUUGCACAGGUCUUACUAGCUAUGAACGCGAACGUAGAAGAUAGAGGAAUCAAAGGAGAUUGUACUCCUUUGAUGGAAGCUGCUAGUGCUGGACAUGUAGAUAUAGUAAGCCUGCUUAUUGCGCAUGGAGCUGAUGUAAAUGCUCAAUCCACAUCAGGUAAUACACCUUUAAUGUAUGGUUGUGCUGGUGGUCAUGAAGAAGUUGUGAAAGUUCUUUUAGAAGCGGGUGCCAAUGUAGAAGAUCAUAAUGAGAAUGGUCAUACGCCUUUAAUGGAAGCUGCUAGUGCUGGUCACGUAUCAGUUGCAAAAAUUUUAUUAGAGCAUGGUGCUGGCAUUAAUACUCAUUCCAAUGAAUUUAAAGAAUCCGCAUUAACUUUGGCCUGUUAUAAAGGACAUUUGGAUAUGGUCAGAUUUUUACUAGAAGCUGGAGCAGAUCAGGAACAUAAAACAGAUGAAAUGCAUACUGCUUUGAUGGAAGCUUCAAUGGAUGGUCACGUUGAAGUUGCUCGGUUAUUAUUAGAUUCUGGUGCACAAGUUAAUAUGCCUACAGAUAGUUUCGAAUCUCCCUUAACCUUAGCUGCCUGUGGUGGUCAUGUUGAUCUUGCUAUGUUGCUAAUCGAAAGGGGUGCAAAUAUUGAAGAAGUUAACGAUGAAGGCUAUACCCCAUUGAUGGAGGCAGCUCGAGAAGGUCAUGAAGAGAUGGUUGCCUUAUUAUUAAGUCAAGGAGCAAAUAUUAACGCACAGACUGAAGAAACUCAAGAAACAGCUCUUACUUUAGCCUGCUGUGGAGGAUUUCUUGAAGUCGCAGAUUUUCUAAUUAAAGCAGGAGCUGAUAUUGAGUUAGGUGCUUCAACCCCUUUAAUGGAAGCAGCUCAAGAAGGUCACCUUGAUUUAGUUCGCUAUUUAUUAGAAACAAAUGCUAAUGUGCAUGCUCAAACGCAGACAGGUGAUACAGCUCUAACAUACGCUUGUGAAAAUGGACAUACAGAUGUCGCAGAUCUUUUAUUACAAUUCGGUGCAGAUUUAGAACAUGAAUCAGAAGGAGGAAGAACGCCACUUAUGAAAGCUUGCAGAGCUGGACAUCUCUGUACAGUCCAAUUUCUAAUAUCAAAACGUGCAGAUGUAAAUCGCCAAACUACUAACAAUGACCACACUCCUCUUUCUUUGGCUUGCGCCGGAGGACAUCUUGCUGUUGUCGAAUUGCUACUCUCUCAGUCAGCCGAUCCAUUCCAUAAACUUAAGGAUAACUCUACAAUGUUAAUUGAAGCAGCAAAAGGUGGCCAUACAAGCGUUGUUCAACUUUUACUCGAUUAUCCUCAUAGCAUUAUGAUGAAUUCUACUCAAAAUACGUCAACAUCCAUGUUAUUAUCUAAUUCACAAACUACUCAAGUUUUAUCUCAACAACCACAGCAACAGAUGCAAAACCAACAAAAUGUAGAAUCAAACCAAACUCAAACAAUCUUACCUAAACAUAAUAGUCAAAAAUCUCUGUUACGGAAAAAUAGAUCUGUAUCAAAUGUAAUUGAUGUUACGCUUACUUCAGCAGAAGCUCAGCAAGUUCGAAGUCAACCGUCACGAACACCUACUGGAAUUUUAAAUGAAGAAACUAAUAUUCUUGAUCAAAGUCAUGCAAAUUAUUCUGGGAUUUCGGAACCAAAUAUGAGUUUUAUUUCUCCAGUGUCAAAUCCUGCAGUAAGCAAUGAGUGUCGAAAAAAUUCUAGACACGAGCAGAUUUUGCACAAACAACAGAUAUUGGAAGAAUUACAGAGAGUGGAACGAGAAUUACAGAUUAAAGGUGCUGGUCAUUUGUUUUUGGGGUCCAGUGGAGAAAAUACUCAAACCGGAGAUCCACUUUAUGAAGAUCCAACUGAACAAUCCAUUUCUUUACCAGACACUACAAACUUUGUAAAUGUGGAUCAAAAUUUACAUGUUUCUCCAGCUCCUCUUGGUAUAUCUUCUAGUAAUUCUAAUGAUAUUUCCAAUGAUUUGAUUAAUCAAGGAUCAAACAUUGUUAGUUCAGCUUUAUCCUUUUACAAAGGUUUUCAAGCAAAUAAAGCUUAUAUAGAAGGGAUGAAAACAGGCAUAAAAAUACAAAAACAACGCAUUUUGAGAGAAGUGCGAUGUUUACAAGACACUCAGCUUCCACUGCCAUUACCAUCUACUGUAAUUGAAAAUUUUUCUAUUUCAACUAAUUUCUCUAGCAAUCCUUCAGUUUCUGUUAUAACAGUACCCGCUCCGACAGCAACUUUGUCUACCAGCACUUGUAAUUCUUCUAAUCUAUCAACUAAUUUGACUUGUUCAAAUUCGUUUACAUCGAUUGGCGAGAUUUGCAGUACCAUUUCAUCGCAGCCAACUAUGGCGAGUAGUGAUGUUAGUCAGAAUACAGCUAUUAGUGAUCGUCCAAAAGUUAAAGCAGUUUCGAAAAAAGAUAACAAAAAUGUCCGUAAAACAGUGCAUGGAAUGGUAUUAAACAAAUUGCAACAACAGCAUAUGGCACUAAUGGCUGGACUUUCAUCAUCGGACUUUCAAAAAUUUUUAGAAAAAACACGUCCUCAUUGUGUUCAACAAGUUCACCAGUUACAGCAACUUAACCAACAACUACAGUUACAACUGGAUCAAGUUCAGCACACUUCUCAUCCGGGCAUUGAUCAAGUUGAUUCAGAUGUUUCUAAAUUUCACCGAGACAGUGCUUGUCCAUUUUUCUCUGCAACUCAACGAAACAAGAUUAUUUCUAAUGAUGAUGAAAUUCUCAAAUUAGAAGAUGGCACUCAAAUUCCUAUAGAUGAGGCAGUAAACAUUUUUGAAUCGAUUAGUUUUGAUGAUAUUAACAAUGAUGAUUCAGACAAGCUUGAAUCUAAAAAACUUGAAGUAUUUGGAAAUAAAGAAUUGAGCUCUCAGCAAAUAGAGCAAGCUAUGCCAGCAAAUAGUCGUUCUCAGGCAGUGAGAGACAUUUUUGCUAUACCAGUGUCGACAACGUCAUCUUCAUCGUCUGUUACGCAAUUGCAAUUAGAAAAUACUUCUUCUCAAAAUCAAACUGGUAUUCCAAUAGCUCUGCAAUCACCCAUUUCCCAACCAUUACCCAAGCAAAUGCUCAGCGCGUUCGAAGCUGGAUUAAGUAUAGGUAUACAAAGGCGCAUAAGUGACGAAAAUUUCCAAACUCAAUUACUUCUUCAAUCAAAUCAAUUAGGUUUUACAGCUCAGGGCGGAUCUGCCACUUGUUCAAGUGAUGCAAUCGAGAUGUCAGAAAAUCCAGAAAAUGUUUUUACACAGUCACUUGUAUCUAAUACGAAUCAAGUGCAAGUAGCUACACAAACUCAGUCACCUCUAACUGUCAGUGCAGCUGUUACACCAUCAGAAAAAAAAUCGAUUUGUUCAUUGUCAACAAAUAAUGUUAAGGGGAAAAAAACCAGAUAUUUGUUUACACAACAACAAACUAAUUUAUCCUCUACACCAUCAACACAACAGUUGGCAACAAAUUUGGCGUCGCAAAAUUUUCAAAUGGACCCUACAACAAUUUCCAAUCAAUAUACUACUGGAAAUUCAACUGGAAGUUUCUCUUCGAAUCAAAUACCUCCAGCGCCUUUUUCAUGCAUGGAUGUUGAUUCGGAAACUGACAGUAAUCACGACACUGCAUUAACCCUUGCUUGUGCUGGAGGUCAUGAAGAACUAGUUGAGUUACUGUUAAGUAGAGGAGCUGAUAUUGAACACCGUGACAAAAAAGGAUUUACUCCUUUAAUACUAGCAGCAACGGCUGGUCAUCAAAAAGUUGUGGAAAUUCUUUUUAACCAUGGUGCUGAUAUCGAAGCACAAUCUGAACGAACAAAGGACACACCUCUUUCACUAGCAUGUAGUGGUGGAAGAUACGAAGUUGUGGAGCUUUUGUUAAACCGAGGGGCAAAUAAAGAACAUAGAAAUGUUUCUGAUUAUACUCCACUUAGUCUGGCCGCCAGCGGAGGAUACGUUAAUAUAAUAAAACUUUUAUUGAGUCAUGGCGCUGAAAUUAAUUCGAGAACAGGAUCUAAAUUAGGAAUUUCUCCACUAAUGUUGGCGGCAAUGAAUGGCCAUACAGCUGCAGUCAAAUUAUUAUUAGAUAUGGGAAGUGAUAUUAAUGCUCAAAUUGAAACUAACAGGAAUACUGCUUUAACACUAGCUUGUUUCCAAGGACGACAUGAAGUUGUUAGUCUGUUACUUGAUCGUAAAGCAAAUGUGGAACAUCGAGCAAAGACUGGACUAACUCCGCUAAUGGAAGCUGCUAGUGGUGGAUAUGUUGAAGUUGGUAGAGUGCUUUUAAAUAAAGGUGCAGAUGUUAACGCUACACCCGUUCCUUCCUCCAGGGAUACGGCUUUAACAAUUGCUGCUGAUAAAGGUCAUUGCCGAUUUGUUGAACUGCUGCUGUCCAAGGGAACUCAAGUAGAAGUUAAAAAUAAAAAAGGGAAUAGUCCACUUUGGCUUGCCGCCAAUGGUGGUCAUCUAAAUGUUGUAGAUUUGCUAUAUCAUGCAGGUGCAGAUAUUGAUUCGCAAGAUAAUAGAAAGGUUUCAUGUCUUAUGGCAGCAUUUCGCAAAGGCCAUAUUAAAGUUGUUAAAUGGAUGGUUAAUCAUGUAACGCAGUUUCCAAGUGAUCAAGAGAUGACAAGGUACAUUGCUACUGUCAGUGACAAAGAAUUAUUAGAAAGAUGUCAUGAAUGUGUAAAAAUUAUUAGAGCUGCUAAGGAAACUCAAGCUGCUAAAGCCAACAAAAAUGCUACAAUACUUCUAGAAGAAUUAGACAUGGAAAAAAAUCGAGAGGAAUCCAAAAAGGCUGCAGCAGCACGGAGACGGGAACGUAAAAAGAAAAAAAAAUUGGAAAAAAAAGAAGAAAAACGCAAAUUACAAGAAGAAAAUAAAAAAAAUGAAGCAAUCUAUGAAGAUAAAGAUAUUAUCGAAACUAAAGUAGGCGAUGAAGGUAGUUAUAAAGAAGAAGAUAGCGAUCAUGACGAUAAUUUUGGUGAACUUCUUAGUAGCCAACCACUUAGAAUAAAUCGCAAUGUAGAGGAUUCAGAUAAAGAAGAAGGAGAUAGUGGGAUAGAUGCGAACAGCCAAGGAAGUUGUACUGGUAGCCAUAAUUUAAAAGCUAGGGAAAAGAAAAAAGAUAAAAAAAAGAAGAAAAUUAUUUGUUGCAGUCUCAAUGCAUCUUUAGUUAAAGAAUCAUCUGUAAAUUUGAUUACGAAAAAUGCUGAUUUGAAUACCGAUACUCCAGAAAGAUGCCUUAUAGCGAAAUCUCUGGAUGAAGAAAAACAUCCAGCUGACAGAGAAGAUUUUGAAGCCACCGGAAAUGAAACGUAUAUAUCAAAAGGGAAAAAGAAUUGCAGUAAUCUGUUAGAACUAGAUGCAUCAAAUUCAAAUGCAUUUAAAAUAAGCAGUCAUACUAGUCCUAAACAAUCUGGAAAACGUGAAGAAGGAUGGAAAGAAGUUGUUCGAAAGGGUCAAACUGAUGAUUCUGGAAAAUUCAUGAAUUCUCCAUUUCGCUCAAAAAAAGUCGCUGUUCCACCCAAUGCUAUUAGCAGAGUAAUAGGUAGAGGAGGCAGCAAUAUUAACACGAUUCGCGCAGCAACUGGAGCACAUAUUGAAGUAGAAAAACAAAGUAAAUCACAAGGAGAACGAAUAAUUACUAUCAAAGGAUCAUUGGAAGCUACAAAGCAAGCUCACAUUUUAAUCAUAGCUCUCAUAAAAGAUCCAGAUGUAGAUAUUCUUCAAAUGCUACCGAAAUCAAAGCCUGCGUCAGCUUCCAUGACAUCUUGGGAUAAGUCGAUUUCCUCAACAAUUGCCUGCAAACUUAGAGUUGUACCAUCGAAGCUUCCGCUUGGACUUAUAACAACGGCACCUUCCUCGCAAAUAAGCAAGCCAACUAAUGUUUCGAGCAUUUCCACCAUGAGCCAAAUAUUACCUGUUCGUUCUAAUUCAAGUAUCAAACCUUUAGGAACACCUGUACCACGAGUUGGUAGUUCACGACUAAAUUCUAAUACAGAGAAAAAAACGGCAUCACAUGUUACUUUACCGUCAAAUACAAAAACUACAAUGUCUUAUACAAGUGCAAUUAUGACAGCUGGUCGUACAUCUAAAAUUGUAACAACAAAUACAUCUCAAACUUUUGCUGCAAAACUUACUGAAAUAUAUACUCCACCUCAAUCGUGUAAUACUUCGCAAAGUGUAAAUCAAUGUAAUCAAAAUUCAAGUAACGUUAUAAAUAUUGUAAAGCAAACAAUAACUCCAAAUACAUCCGUAGCGCUAGCAUCAACGUCAUCAGUCAAUCAAGUAUCACAUCAACAAUUAAUUACGCAAAGUUUAACCAAUCCUGGUCCUUCAGUACUGGUGGUUUCUCCUUCAACAGCACCAUCUCAAUGUUCUGGAAAACUAAAAUUUUCCAGCAAUUCUGUUUCAUUAUCACCAAUUAAUUCAAAUCCAACCAAUAAUCAACCAUGUUUGGUCAUGACUUCGUCUAGUUCUAUUAGUUCGGCAAAUUCUUUACCAACAGUUUCUCAAGCAGUAACAUUACAACAAUUUCGUAGUUCGACGCCUAUAGUUGGCGUAAGGUCAGAAAAAUGUCAUACUUUGUCAAGCAACGUACCUUUAGAGUAUUCGUUAUUCAAUGACACAUUUAGUAAGGUUACUCAGCAAUCAAUGUGGGGUAGUAAAGAAAUAGAGACUCAAAAAAGUAUCAAUUUUGCAACAAUUGCUGGAACAGGGAUUUCUGUUAGUUCUUCCACAGCACCGUCCAAUACAUUCAUUGAUACUAGCUCCAUGGAAGUAGAUGCAUCAAAAGCUCCAGGAUAUAGAGGAACGUCAAUGUGCUCUCCAACUUCCAAUAAAUCUAGUGCAAACAAUGCUGGUAAUAGUACAGUUACUACAAGUUCACUUAACUCAACAGCAUCCAGCCCAGUUCAACAAGUAAAUAUACAAUCUUCAGUAAAUUAUACAGGUACUCAUACAUCUAUUAAGUCUCCUGUCAAUUUAUCAUCAACAAAACCCCACGUAACACCAAAAUCUAUGGAAAUGGAUGUGGCUAGUAUACCACCAUUCAUUAGACCAGUCUUUCAUGGAAACAUAGAUACUUCUCAAGGCAUAACUGGUGGUCUUAAAACUUGUACUAUUUCAGCGAUAUCUCACAAUAAUUUAGAGGCAAAUAUUUACAACGAAAGUAAUAUUGGUUAUGAAAAUCAAAAUCUCAACUCUAAUUUGCUAAAUAUAAUACCCAAUGAAAAUCAGACCAAUAACCAAUCUAUUUUACCAAUUCAUCAACAUAUACAAAGCUAUCCGCAAACGGUGGCACCUUCAUCAGUCGUUACAACAACUAUAAGUAUUUCUAGAUUAAAUCCACGUGCGCCAGAUUUUUCUAGUUCAAUGCAUUUAAACAGUAAACCACAAGCCACAAUGUUCAGUCCAGUAACACCAAUGCAUCCAAAUAUAUUUUCAACAACGCCAGCUCAGCCAUCAACUACUGUUAUUCAAUCUAACAAUCUUGCUAUUUUAGGUAAUUUUAAUUUUAAUAAGUAUCAAUCGUCAGCUCAAAGACAAUCAAACGUUAAUAUUCCAACUUGUAUUCAAAACCGUUGGCCAUUUGUACCACCAAUAAAUUAUUCAACUCAUCAAGAUUCGUUAGCAAAUUUUCCUGAUCACAUUGCUAAUCUAUCAGUUCAAUCAGGUAAUUUGGAAUUAAUUAAUCUUGAAAAUGGCUCAAUAUCACCAGCUAUUUCGCCUUCUUCAACGGGACAAGUUCUUUCUCAAGAUGUCUCGCAAAUGCAGAUUGAAGAUAGAAAAAUACCUCGACCAAUAGGUACUGAGAGAACGUGGAAAAAUUAUUCGACUGGGAAUGGACCGGCGGGAGAUUCUGAUAAUAUUACUUGGGUGACGAAUAACGAAAAGCAUAUUAAUUCAUGGUCAGGAAUGUCAAGUAAUACAGAUAGAAAUCAAUUGUAUUGUUCAAAUACAACAUUCAAUCGAAUUUCAGCUAGUGAUACUGAGUUACAUCAAAUAAUGGAAACUUCAUACCAGGGAAGCCGCUUUGGAAGCUAGAUAAGUUAUGUUAACUGUUAAAAAACCGAAAAAACUUCGACGGAUUAAAUAAAGUUUGUCAUUUCUAGAGCCAAUUGUGCAAUUUUUGGACAGUUAUUUCGUAUAACUAUGGAUUCCUUAUUAUAAACAUUUUUCACAAAUGUCUGUCACAGCUCCAAAUUUGAGUACGAAACCUCAUAUUUUUUCCUAGCACUGGAAAUUGUUUUUAACAGAAAUAUCUGCAGAAAUGUUUGACAGUUUUAAUGGAUAAGAGAAUCUGUAGGAAAGAUUAAUUCAUACACCAAAAUAUAAAAAUAUCACCUGUAUCAGAUAAACGAAAAUGUUAUUUUUUGUUAACUAAGUUAUUUUAUUGUAAUAAAAUAUAAUCAACAAAGAAAAAAA